AAUGGUGCAGCGCAGCCCAUGUCUCCUAUGGACAUUAGAAUUAAGGACCUAAAGAGACGCGCAACCCCCGACAGUCUCGAACCCGGAUCCUAAGAACAGGGCACCGGCAGGAGGGAUCUGCCCCCGGCUGCCGUCAAGCGGCCUGGCCGUGUUUUGCGACAAGACGCGGGGAGCCGUCUCAGGCUCGCUUUCCGGCUGGUGCACGGACCCAGAGACCACCACUGAGAGCUCUCCUAGUGCGUGUGGUUUCCGACAGCAACCCUGGCUCUUAGCCCCGGCGGUGGCUCUGCUCUAGCCAGAGAGCGGGGCUAGGGAGGUUCUGAGCUGCCCCGAGAGGUGACCUUGGUCCAAUCCUGUCGUGCCGAGCUGCAGCGCCAGUCUGUCCGACACCUUUCUUCUGAGCGGUGGAGGACGCCCGUUGCCCAGGAGCAGGGGGAGCGCCGCACUGCGGGGCGGGAUCGGAGGCGGGGCAAGAAGAGAUGCCCCUCCACGUGAAGUGGCCAUUCCCCGCCGUACCCCCGCUUACUUGGACCCUAGCCAGCAGCGUCGUCAUGGGCCUGGUGGGCACCUACAGCUGCUUCUGGACCAAGUACAUGAACCACCUCACCGUGCACAACAAGGAAGUGCUGUAUGAGCUCAUUGAAAACCGAGGUCCUGCCACCCCCCUCAUCACUGUCUCCAACCACCAGUCCUGCAUGGAUGACCCUCAUCUCUGGGGAAUUCUGAAACUCCGCCACAUCUGGAACCUGAAGUUGAUGCGUUGGACCCCUGCGGCUGCAGACAUCUGCUUCACCAAGGAGCUGCAUUCCCAUUUCUUCAGCUUGGGUAAAUGUGUCCCCGUGUGCAGAGGAGAUGGUGUCUACCAGAAGGGGAUGGACUUCAUUUUGGAGAAGCUCAACCAUGGGGAGUGGGUACACAUCUUCCCCGAAGGAAAAGUGAACAUGAGUUCUGAGUUCCUGCGCUUCAAGUGGGGAAUUGGGCGGCUAAUUGCUGAGUGUCAUCUAAAUCCUAUCAUCCUGCCACUGUGGCAUGUUGAAAAUCACCGUGCUGAUCGGGAAGCCCUUCAGUGCACUGCCCAUGCUCGAGCGGCUCCGGGCAGAGAACAAGUCUGCUGUGGAGAUGCGGAAAGCCCUGACAGACUUCAUUCAGGAGGAGUUCCAGCGGCUGAAGACACAGGCAGAGCAGCUCCACAACCACUUCCAGCCUGGGAGAUAGUGUUGCCUGCCAAGCCUAUGCCCUGCCUUUCUCAGCCAGAGGAGUGCUGGGCACCCCAGGGUUUGGGAAGAAGCAGUGCAGAACCUGCUCCAGCCCUCUUGGCUCUGUACUGCCUUUGGAUUCUUCCGUGCACAAAACCUAGGCUGGGAGAUGAACUGAUGCCCUUAACCCAGAUUGGCUCAUAACCCCUGAUGCCAGCCCCCUUAUUAUCUACACUUUCGCACCCAAUCCUUCCAUGCCUCUUGGGCUAAAGGCUGAGCCUCAGCUCUCCCUCCCACUUGCUGGAGGAGGGAGGAAGAAUCUCAGGCUCCUUCUUCCCACCUUCUCAGGGGCUGGUGCUUGGGAGGGAGUAAAGCAGGCAGGCAAGCAACUACUUGGGUAGAAGAAUAGGUGUCCUGGCCAGAGAUAUGGCAAGGGGACCUAAAGGGCCCCUUGGCCUCGCUGCCACCUGCCUGCCUUUGCCCAUCCAGGGGCUGCUCACAACCUCCUCAGGGAUGGCUGGCUGUCAGCCAAGUCUUCUUUCUUUGGUCUUGGCUUCUCCCAUUGCAAGGUCUGUCCUGGAUGGCCUACAGAGCUUCCCCCAACUACAGGCCUGUCCAUGGGAAGCUGGCAGUUUAGAAGAACAGGUAUUGGCCAGAAUUCAAGCCUGCCUGAACAGAACCUGCUGGGUGGCAGAGAGGGCCCCUAAGACCUAACCAUGAACUCCCAUGUCAGGCUCACCCAACUUUCCAACCUCAACACCCCUUGUGUACUGGGGAUCUGGAUUUUCAUGUUUUUAAAAUAAUAAAACAUUUGUGCAACUGUA